AUGGCGGAGACUGCUGCUGCUAGAAGACCAUCUGCCCCAUCUUCCGGACGGUAAGUUUUUUUUUUUGAAAAUGCAAGGUUUUAUGCAGUGUGUAGAACAAAUUGGUAAUAAAUGUGGAAAAAAUAUUUUUUAGUCUCUACGUCAAGGCCAUCUUCACCGGAUUCAAGAGAGGACUCCGCACGCAAUCCGAGCACACCUCGCUUUUGAAGCUUGAUGGUGUUUUCAACAAGGAGGACGCUGACUUCUACGUUGGAAAGCGUGUCGUCUACCUGUACAAGGCUCACAACAAGACCUUGGUGAGAUUUUUAUCUUCAUAAAUUCAAUUCGUAGCUUGUUCCCUUUUUCAGAAGACCGGACACACCGUCGCCACCCGCACUCGCGCCAUCUGGGGCAAGAUCACUCGCCCGCAUGGAAACGCUGGAGCCGUCAGAGCUAAGUUCCACCACAACAUCCCACCAACUGCUCUCGGAAAGAGAAUCCGCGUGGUACGUUUCUUCUUUUAAAAACUUAUUCUUAGUUAUUUUUCAGCUCCUCUACCCUUCCAACAUCUAA